AUGAGUGAUCUGUCCAAGCUCCUAAGGUCGUCAAGAUUGGCCCAGGUUGCACGACCAAACACUUGCAAGAAGAUUGCCGCGGGGAAGAUAUAUCCAACACAUCAGAUCAUUCAAACAACCCCAAGCUCGUUGUUCAGAAACAACUUUGGAUUGAAGGCCGAUCUUCCCUCCAAGGUGAAUUCAAGGUACAUUGUUUUAGACAAGCUGGAUACUAUUGAACACAUGACUGGUUUUGAAAAGGAUUCUUCGUUUUACUGGAAGAAGCAAAGAUUUCAGGAACUCAAUAUCCCUGUCAAUGUCCCUGCCAAUAAGAGCGAACAUGGACAUCCAUUAUUUGCUGGAAACACAGAGACUAGAAACGACACUGUUGUCAACAGAAACAAGCUUCCACUUGCUAGUCUGCUGAACCUGGAUAGUACGACGCCGAAACCUAAAGUGGAGGAAGUUUUGAACAAAGUUGAGAAAUUGCGUAAACCUUUUUUCAACUGGCUAUAUGAGAAGCAUCCUAUGGUCCUGCAUGAAAUGCUAUCCCCUAAUGAAAGCAAAAAGAGAAGAAGUAACAUUGAACAUGCCGUGACCUUUUUGAAAGAAUAUGAGUCCAAGAAUUCCACAGUUGUGGGUGUCAAGAAGCAGUUGAGCGAAUUGGCUAAACUUGCAGAUGGAAGAGCCAAAAUUGCUGGUACCGGGGGCCUUUCUUACAAUUUGAAGAACCGACUAGCAAACUCACCCAAUGGAAUUUCUACAAAGAACCAUGCGCCAGCUAGGCUGUUAUCUAACAGUGAAAACAACAUGUUCGCUGUGGGUGGUUUUGUUGGGACUUCUUUCAACUAUUACAGGCGACUCAAUGCUCCUACAGAUAAGCAUGCUAGACAGGAGAAACUUAAGAUUGAAGUCACCAAUGCUAUCCUAUCCGAUGAUGGAUUGUCUAUUGACGUGGGCAAAUCCAGGGAUCGUACCACAAGCAGUGUUAACGGUGAGAGUUUGUUGAACCUUCUUAGAGAUAUUCACAAGUCUUAA